AUGAGUUUGAAACAUCCACCGGCAGCAAAUUAUCGUAAGAGACCAACGGUAUCAGUUCAGCAAAACAACUUUUUAUCCGCUCAUGAAGAAGAACUGGAGGGCGAAGAGGAAAAAACAAGCUUUCAGAAAGAAGUUGACGUUCUUGUUCGAGAACAAGAAUGGCUUAAAGUCUAUGAUACUCAUCGAACGCUUUUGAAGUUGCGUAAACACUAUCAGUUUCAGCUUCAAAAAGUUCUUAUUGAAUGUUGUCGUCGGCUUCAUGUUUCUAAUAAAUUAUAUCCAUCGCUAGAUAUUGGCGCUCGGCCUGCAUCAAGCGAACAAUUGCAUUUGAAGCAACGAAACGGGAUGGACAAUUUGAAGGCAACAGUUGUCUUAGUUGGAGAAAACAUUAUUCAGAGCGAGGUUAGUUUCAAGUACGCAAAAGCGCCAGGUGGAGUUUUAAAAACUUGUGCUCAGCCAGAAGUUCAGUGGAAGUUACAGCAGUUUCAAGAUGCAGGGAAUUUCUGUUGCAUGGCUUUAAAUACCAUUGCCAAAGUCAGUACCUUAACAACUGACAUUUAUUUUAUAUGUUUCUUGAAGAAGAGUUCCGUAAAUUGUCAUAGUUUGGAUUUAAAGGUUAGCGAUCUUAUAAUGCAAGCGCGAUCUAUCAUAUGCUUACCCAGAAAAAGAACUUUGCUUGAGUUAUGCAAUUUCCCUCCGACUAAGUGUUUCAAGCCACCGUUGCCGCCAGAUGUUGUUUUUUCAUACUACGUAGCCUCAACUCGGUUUAUUUGCGCGGCAUAUCAAGUGACUUCUAAGCAAAAUGGUUUGUAG